AUUAAAAAUAAAAAAAAUAGUUAACUGAAAGUUAUAUUUUUAAAUACAACAAACUUGAGAAAUGAAAAUUUUAAUUUUUUUUUCAAAAUCUAAAUAUCCGAACCCAAUCCGAAAUAACCGAAUCCGAACUAAAAAUACCCGAACCCGAUCCGAAGUACAGAAAUAUCCGAACGGGUUCUAGACCUCUAUACCGAAAUACCCGAAAAUCCGAAAUACCCGAUCCUAACCCGAACGAGUACCCAAACGCCCGCCCCUACUUUUCUGAUUACGUGUUGUUGUUUUUUUAUCUGACAAAGGAUUAUCCGACCUCGUAAAAGUACGGUUACCAAUUUUGAUUAUGUCGAGUUUUAGCUCCCAUAAUAUUCUGUAACUAGCUCACUUUUUAUGGUUUCUCGGUCUAUAACACCUUCGAUCACAAGCCUUACAGAAGGACUUCUCACUGAACUUAAACACUCUUGGUCAUAAAAGUUUAAAAAGCCUUUUACACUUAACCAAAAAGUAUCUCGGUAACAAAAUUAAACUGGAACUUUCACACCAAAUUCGAAACAUAUUUGGUCACACACCUUAAAAUAAGUCGUCACAUCAAAAACACUUUCCUCUCGAAACUAUUAAUUUACGUUUAUUUAUUCAAAAAAACAUAUUCUUCGUUCUAUAUCUCUUAUGGUAAUAAAUGAAGUUAUAAAAUUGAUAUUUCAGUGAUAGAUUUUCUAUUCGAGCUACGCGUAAGACUAUAUUUACAAUUUGUUACAUUUUAUAAAAUUUUAAUAUUAUAAAACAUAAUUGAUUUAUAUACAUUUUCACAUAUAAUGUAUUCAAAAUAUGAUUUAUUAUUUUUCUAUUUAAGUAUUUUAUAAAAUUAUAUCCUUCAAAAUAUAUACUAUUUAAAAUUUCUUUGUUGUAUAUGUAAAUGUAUAAGUUGAGUUUAUUUUAUAAACAUAUUUAUAUUGUCUAUCAAUUAUAUUUUUUUUUAAAUAUGGAUUGUUCGAUGCAUAUUAACUGUUACUACUCUCUUAUUAAUAUAUACUUUUAUUAUACUUUUCAUCUAUAUUUCUAUUUAAGUAUCUUAAAACUUUGAUCUAUCUGUUCAAUUUUUAUUUUUUGUAAUAUUUUAACAAAAUAUUUUACAGUUAAUUAUGUGCUUAUUAUAUAUUUGUUGUGUGCAUAUAUGUACUUGACAUAUUGUUCUUUAAUUCUUUUAAAUGUACAUCGAAUAGUGUAUAUUAUGAUAAUUUUUAAUCUUAAUAAAUAAUUUGUUAAAUUUGAAUACUAUUUAACAUUUUUUGUUAUAUAAGAUAGGAGGAAAUAAAUAUAUAGAAUUUAAAUAAUGUGAAGUAAUAUUUUAUCAACUGAGAUUAAAAUAUAUAAAAUUGAAAAUAUUAUAUUUUUCUUCUACUUGAUAUGAUAACAGUAUAAAUUAAUAAUGUCAGCCUUAUGGUAUUUUAUUAAUUCAUAGUUAAUUUUUCCUAACUCUUAGAAAUUUAUCAAAAUUUCAAUUUUGGUUUAUUACAUAUAAAUGUAUUAACUCCGAUUAUAAAUGUAUAUUGAAUCUUUUCAUAUAUUUCUUAUAUGUUGUUGCUCAUACUAGACUUACUAAUUUUAAAUAUUAAUAGAAAUUUCAACUAAAUUAUUGGCUACUCUCUUUAGAGUUUUAUGUUUUCAUAUAUAUUAUUAGCAUUAUUCUUCGAAUAUUUUUCUUUGAUAGAAUUCAUGUGAAAUCAUAUUUAUUUUAUAUGUUAUCUUGAUUGCUUCAUUAAAAUUUCAUAAGAAUGAAACUUAUAAAUUUUAUCGGCAAAUUGAAUUAUAAAAUUAUAAGAGUUGCCAUAUACUUUGCUUAAUUUAUUAUUAACUUAUAUUUUAUUUUUUUGGUCGAUUACAAUAUUUAGGUUUAUUUCGUAAUGGCCUAUUGGAUUAUUUUCUGUGAAAAUUUAAGUUACAAUCUUCUAAAACAAAUUUAGUUAAAACAUAAUAUAGUAAUGUUAGUAAAAUUUUAAUUAUUGAUUAGCAAAGAAAUACUUUAAUCUCUUUAAAUGAUAAAAGACAAUUUAAAACAAAUAAACAGUCUAAUUAACAAAGUGUCUUAGACAAAUGAAUGAACUCUUAUCAUCAUUUAUUUAAUAAAACAUUUGCAAAUUUGUUGUAAACCAAAGAAUGAAUUGGCUCACUAGAGAAAAUGAAUCAAAAUACCUGUUAUUUUAAAUAUUUUAUAAUUUAUGACACAUAUUAUAAAAUUGGAUGAUUUUUUAUAGUCGAUGUCUGUAUAAAUAAAACAUCAUAUUCUAAAGUUCAGUUUACCUUUUUUAUUUAUAUUGGGUUAACUAUUUUGAUAUUAGUUAUCUAUUUAGCUCCUAUAUCAAAUCAAUUAUUUUUAAUAAAACUUCUUUUGCUUUGUAAUUUAUUUGGUUUUGGUUUUCAUAAAUUUUGAUAUUUAAAAAUAUCAAAUUAUGAUUAUGAUUUGGUAUUUUUUUUAUAAACUAUAUGUGAACUCUAUAUAAUUUAUAUCCUUAAAUUUAAAAAUAAUCUGUAUUUUAAAUUUAUAUUAUCGUUAUUAUUAUAAAUCAUUGGAUUCUUUAAGAUUUUUGUUUUUGUUUUCUAGUUAAAUUCAUGUUAAUCGCCUAAGGAUUUAUUUUAUAUAUCAAAUUGUUCCAUUUAAUAAUUUUUUUAUGUAUUUACUAAAUUAUUAUUUAUUUCUUUUUAAUUUGAAAGAAAUGAUUUUAGAAAUCUUGAAAAAAACUAAAAUAAGAAAUAAAAUAAUGAUUUGGCCUUAUUUAUUGGUUCUUUAAAAUAACAUGUGGCCAUUCUCAAUGAUUUGAAGCCAAAAACUUUUAAAUUUAUGUAUUAUAUGGUUAAAUUAUUUAAAAUUCUUGAAUUAUUAAAAUUAACUAAUAUUUUAUUUAUUUUAUACUAAAUUUAUAAAAUAUUAUAAAUAUUAAGUUAAUUUAUUUAUAAUAUUUUUAUUUUGUUAGUUUAUCUUAUUUGAUAUUGAUUUUUAUUUUAUUUUGAAAUAAAUAACAUUUUGGAAAUGUUGACAUUUUUGAAGAUAGUAAGUUAAAAUGAUGAUUUAUCAUAAUAUAUUUAGUAGUUCUAAAUCAUAUGUGGACAUUCUUAAUGGUUUAUAGCCUUAACUUUGAUAUACUAUAUACUAACAUUAUAUUCACGCUGCACACAAAUCUUUAUUAAUAAUUUAGUUUAGUAUUUAUAGUAUUUUAAAACUAAAACUCUAGUUGAUUUAUAUAAAAAUUUAUUUGAAUUAUGAUUUACUUAUUUUAAAAUUUAUGUUUAUUUAGAAAAUUGUACCCAUUACAAUAAUUAUUUCUUAUGUUCUUAUAUUGUUUGAUGCAUGUAAACUGUCAAUACUCUUGUAGAUAUUGGUUAUCAUACAUUAUGAUAAAAUGAUUAAGCUGUUUUCAUAAUAUUAAUUUUUUUACUGAGUAAUAGUAUAAUACUUAAAUUUUAAAUUUAUUCAUAAGAAAUAUUUAAUGAACUUUAAUAAAUAUUAAAUAGUUUUGUUAGAUAAUAUAAAAUAAUAAAUAUAAUGAAUUUUAAACACUGUUAGGUAACAUUUAAUUUAUUGAGAAUAAUAUAAAAAUGUAGAGUAUCAUAUUUAUCUUCUAUUUGAUCUAAUUAAUUAUUUUUAUAGUGUUGAAGUUUGUAUGAUUGUAUAAUGCAUUAUAUCUAAAAAAAAAUUAGUUUUUCAAUUAUCACCUUAGAUAGUAUAUUAUCAUAUAUAUAAAUGCAUAUUCAUGAAUUUUCUACCAUUCAUUUUGAUAUCUUUCAAACUAAUUUAUUGUUGGUAUUCUAUAUAAAUUUUAUUAGAAAUUUUAACUAACUUAUAGACAUACAUCUUUAGACUCCUUAUUUUUAUCUAUAUUAUAAAUUAUAUCUUUCUUUAGAUAUCUUUAUCUUAUAUACCUCAUUGAGAUAAUUUUAAAUUUUAUAUGUUAUAUAUGUGAAUCGGAUUAAAGAUUUAGGAGAAUUCAUCAUGUAAUUUUCUUAAAUAAUCAUAAAUUUAAUUUUUGGAGAUUACACUCAUAUUAGAUUUUUUUAUUAUAACAUAUUUGAUUAGUUUUCAUGAAUUUUGUUACUGUAUCUGUAUAAAACUGAAAUUAACCAAUAUUUUAGUUUGUUUAGAAAUUCGUGUAACAUAUUAUAAAUUUGAAUUAGUUUUAUAGUCUAUACCAAUAAUUUAAAAAUAAAACAAAUUCUAUUUGAUGGGAGUCAAUCUCAGUGGAACUCCCAGCAAAGUUGAUCCAUCUAUAGAGCCCAAAGGUAAAUUUAUAAUGCAUUACAAAUUUACAACGACAACAAGAAUUUAAAGCUAGUCGAUAGAAGUCGUCGAGUUAUUCACGGUGAUGGUUUGUUGUUACACUAGGGCCAGCCCUAGCUUUUCUCCGACCAAACAGAAAACUAGCCAUGUAACUGUCUCUACUCGGGUCUGGUUUUGAAAUUUUGGAUAGAAUGGUAAAUGGUUCAUAUAGCUCACCAUUUUUUUGGUUUAUGAGUGGCUUCAGGCACAAUAUAUAUGUUUCAUUUUCUUGUUUGGCGAAGGUUCUUUUACAUGAACUAAAACGUGAGCUAAAGUAUUCGUCAUGAAAUACAUAUUAACAAACAUUCAUUCCAUUUACUCAUAUCUUAAUUGCUCUUUUGGUUAUGGCUCAAUGAACACGAGUUGCUCCACCAACAUUCUUGGAUUCUUUGAGGUGCUUGUAGUUUCUCUAAUGAAUCUGCUCUACAUCGAGCCAUCAAAAAUUCAGAUUUUGUGCCUGACACUGAACCUUCUCUCUGAACCCCAGACAUUGACGCCAUGUAAGUGUUUUGAGUCUUGUCGUGAUGGUGGUGCUGUCUUCAGCAUGUCAACCAAAACUCCAACCGCCAUGUCCUGUGACUGUCUCCCAAAACUCCAACAUGCAUCUACAAUGGCACCAGCUAAGAAAGCUCGACACAUAAAUAAACUAACUUCUCGAUUAAAAAAUUAUCUUAGAAUACGUUGAACUCUCCUAAUUCCUAUACCACAUUCAAUUAGGCGGACUAGUUUGAAGCCCACGCUUGGCCCAGAAUCAUUUAGCGUUUUAGUAUUUGAAGGUUAACCUUAAAAUUAUAUAUAACCUCUACUUCCCUGGCCGAAAGAAGGAAAAAAAGGAGAGUAUUUGAAGGUUAAACCCUAACUACUCGAAACAAUGGAGAUGUCAGAUCUUCCGAAGGAGUUGGUGGAGGAGAUUCUCUCAAAGAUUCCAGUUACAUGUAUGAGAUCAGUUCGAUUAACUUGCAAAAAGUGGAACGCUUUAUCCAAAACUCGGAGUUUUGUAGAGAAACACAUUGGUGAAGAAACAUCUAGAAAAUCUAGUGUAAUCAUGACGAUGAAUCAAAAAGUGUAUUUGCUCGGAGUCAGUUUCAGUGGAACUCACAACAAGUUUGAUACAUCUAUAAAGCACAAAGGUACACUUAUAAUCCGUAACAACAACAUGGAUUCAGAGCCACUCGUUUUAAAAGUUUUUCACGGUGAUGGUUUGUUACUAUUCGUCAUGGUGAAAAGGGUCGUCGUUUGGAACCCAUAUUUGGGUCAGGUGAAGUGGAUCCAAGCAAGAGAUUCUUAUUAUCAAGACGAUUUUGCUAUGGGAUACGCAAAGAAGGACAAAUCUCAUAGCCACAAAAUCUUGAGGAUCUCUAACGUUAAUAGUAUCCCCUACGAAAUCUAUGAUUUUAAAUCUGAUUCAUGGAAGGUUCUUGGUAUCACUCCACUAGAGGAGGAUGUCUUUCUUUGUUAUGAAGCCUUAUCACUCAAGGGAAACAGCUACUGGGUUGCUAGAGAAAAAAUAGAAACAAGGAACAAGAAGUUCUUUAUAUGUUUUGAUUUUACAGAAGAGAGAUUAGGAUCGCGUCUCAGUUUCCCGUUUGACUCUUAUUUUGAAGAUAUUGUGAUUCUAUCUAAUUUUGGUGAAGAACAGAUUGCUGUUUUGUUUAAGAAAUGGGGUAAAUUUGAGAUGAAGAUAUGGGUUACAAGUAAGAUUAAUCCAACAACGGUAUCUUGGAGCAAGUUUUUAGAAGUGGAUAUGAGACCAUUCAUUACUGGUUGUAAUCAUGUUUUCACUCAGAGUCGAGGCUUCUUCAUUGAUGAGGAGAAGAAAGUUGUUGUUGUUUUUGGUAGACACGAAUUUGAUGAUACUCGGAAGAUAGCUUACAUUAUUGGAGAAGAUGGAUACUUUAGAAAAGUUGAUCUCGGAGAAGAUACGAACAUUUUCAGUCACCAACAUGUACGUUCUUAUGUUCCAAGUUCCGUGCAUAUCAACCAUCCUUUUUGCUAACUUGUUGAGUAGUUUACUUAAACUAUAAUAUUGUUACUUAAACUAUAAUAUUGUUUUCUCGGAUGUUUAUUUAUUAGUUAUCAAAAAUAUGGUUUUAAGCAGUUCCUCUAGCUUUGAUCUCUACUUUGUUAAUAAUGCAAAACAUUUUGGAACUAAAAAUGAAGGUGUAUAUAAAAUUCGAUCCAACUCAAAAUAUAUAUGGACAAAGAAAAUUCAGAGAGACAAUGCCUAAUUAAAGCAAAACUCAACACCAUUGCCAACAAAACCUAUCCACGAAGUUAAUGGAUUCUCAAUUCCGAAUUUCAUUGGAUUUCAAUUCUACUGUACUAGGGUUUAAUUAAUUUUCUUUUUCCAAAGGGGGUUAACUAGAAAUAGUUAUUAACUCAAAGGGGUUAGUUUUGAAAAUAAAAGUUAAACGUACGUACAUAUAUAUGCUUAUUGCAUGAAGACAUUAAUGGUGUUUACCAUGAAGAUGGAGCUAGAAGAAGCACCGCCACAAACAAAAUCCCUUGUCUCAAGGCCGGAAUGCUCUUACGAAUCCAAAUUUUUUUUUUCCAAAUCUCCUUAUUGGUUGUUGCGUCAGAAUAAAGUUACAUAAAGUGGGAUCGGUUCUGUAACAGGUCGGUGACGUCAUCAAACAUGAGAGAAAAUCCAAGAUUGAUGAUACAGAAGCAUAACUCUCUCUUCUCUUUCUGCUUUCAAACUUAGGUGAAGAGUAAUGGACAAUUACACUUAUAGAAUCACAACGUAUGCAAGGAACGCAAAUAAUGCUAUCUUUUUUUUUUUGUCAUAGAAAGUUCAGUUUGUCGGACAAAACAACAAACUAACCAUGUAAUUGUCCAUUUAGCUCGAGGGUUAGGCUUUAGGAUAGAAUGAAAAGAUAAUUCAUACAGCCGCAUAUCUGAUUCAUUUCUAUUUCAUCAUCUAGAUCUAGCCUUUAAAAAGCUGUUGAUCGUCUUACCGGAGUUAGCAUGAACUUAAGUGGGUAAGCUCUGUUUUACAAAAGAAAAACAAAUGUGUUUAGUACUUGCCAUAAUUUUGCUGAGUGAGCAAACAUAUUUGAGUUAACCAACAAAAUCGCGGCACACUGUUCAAUUCCCUGCCGACUAGCUUUAGGCUUAAGACCAUGAAUUUAUGUGUGAAUUCUAAAAUUUCUUCUUUCUAAAAAAAGAAAAAACUUCUAAAAUUUCUACAAUGUAAGUUGAAUUUUGUUUCUAAUAACUUAGUCAUGAAAAUCUAUUGAGUAUUAAACAACAAUAAAUUUUAAUUGAACAACACAAGAUUAUAAAAUGAGAAAAUGACUAGGAUAGCACUAAAACAUUUUUGUCACAAAUAUAGCCUCUAAGAAUAAAAAUGAUCAAAAUAGCAUUUAAUGUUUUAUCAAAAGAGAUAAAUAUACACUUAUACCCCAAUGGUAAAUUAAUUUAGACAUUAAGGUUUAGAGUUAAGGGGUGGGGUUUAAGAUUUAGAGUUUAGGGUUUAGAGUUUAGGGUUUAGAGUUUAGAGUUUAGGUUUUAGGGUUUAGAGUUGAAAAGUGGGGUUUUGGGAUAAGAUUUCAAAUUUUGAAAAAUAAAAAAAAAUUAAAUUUUUCAAAAGAUAAAAUGCUAUUUUGGUCAUUUUAGUUUUUGAGGGCUAUUUUUGUGUCAUAAACUUAGAAAUAUACAAUUUUGGAGAUUUGCCCUUAUAAAAUCUAUGAUGCAUGUUUUACAAUAUAUAAAAAUCAUUAACUAAAUAACAAUAGACUAUGGUUAACUUUCAAAAUGAUUUAUUAAAUACUUAUUAAAUCAUUGAAGGGUUUCAGGCUUUCAGUUGUUAUAUAACCUCUACUUCCUCGCCGAGAGAAAUCAGAGAGAGAGAAAAGAGUAGGUUAACCCUAACAAAAUAUCCUUGUUUGAAAUUUGAAACAGUGGAGAUGUCAGAUCUCCGAGUGAGAUGGUGGAGGAGAUUCUCUCAAAGCUUCUGGUUACAUGUAUGAGAUCAGUUCGAUUAACUUGCAAAAAGUGGAACUCUUUAUCUAAAACUCGUAGUUUUGUAGAGAAAUACAUUGCUGAAGAAACAUCAAGAGAGUUUAGUGUGGUCAUGGUGAUGAAUAAAGAUGUUUGUAUGAUGGGUGUCAAUCUCACUGGAACUCACGGCAACAAGUUUGAUCUAUCUAUAGAGCGCAAAGGUAAGCUUAUAAUGCGUUACAACAACUUGUAUAUAGAGUCCGUCGUUAAACCUAGAGUUUUUCACAGUGAUGGUUUGUUACUAUUCGUAUAAAAAUAUAUAUUUUUGUCAUAGUUAAAUCUUGAUUUUAGAUAUAAGUUGGAUUAGUUGAGUCACUCAUGUUGUGAGUAUAUUGAGUUACAUAUAUUCUUUCAAAUUUAAAAUAAAGUAUAAUUAUUUUUAUUAUAACUAAGUCCAAUCAAAUCAAUUUUAUUUAUCGUUUAAAUGUGCAUGUAUUUUCAUAAUAUUUAUCAAAUUAUAUGUUGAUGUUUUUUUUUAAACAAUUAGAAAAUAAAGUGAUGAUCAGUAGGAAGUUACGUGCAUAAGUAGUUGAUACAUUUUUGGAAACUCAUGAACACAUAUCAAUAUUUACAAUAAUUAAAAUAUUUUAUAAAUUCUAAAUAACUUUAUGCCUUUGGUAUUUUGAUUAUGGUUCUAUUAAGUUCCACAAACAUAAAUGUAUAUAAUUGAAAAGCAAAUUUAAUAUUAAGAAAACAAAUAACUUUAAUAAUAAUUAAAUAUAAUAUAUCUACCUCAUUAAGCUAUUUUGCAACUAUUUGAUCAAACAAUGUUUAUUUUAAAAUUCUAUUUUUAUUUUUUUUAAAUAUCUAUUAAAAUAAGAAGUAAAAAAUUGUGAUUUUGUUUGAAAAUAAUAUUAUAUAAGUAAAGUAUAAUUUAUCAAUAUUUUUUUGCUGUAAUUGAAAGAUAUUAUAGUCAAUUAAAUAUAUAAAAUAAAUAAAACAUUUCAAUA